AUGGAUAGGCUGCCCAGCCUCCGCAGGAAACCGAAACCGCCGGCCAUCGAAACGUCCGUCCAUCGCACGAGCAGCGAGGCUGGCGAGAGCACCAUGACUGCCGACGUCGCAGCCUGUCUAGCACCACAACCGAGACCGACUACGAUGAGAUCUCCUCUGCGGAACCUCAAACUGCGUGUGACCGCUAAGCGCGCGAGGACGCAAUCCCCCGCUGCGCGUCCAUCUAGCUCGCCGAUAGCUGCAGUCUUUAGCCAGGACGGCAUAGCUCCUCGCUCUACCACGCAGGAAGCCUCGGCGUCGAGGGCUCGCUCUAGACCCGUCUUGCCCACCUUCUUGAACCUCUCCCCCGCAGAAAUCGAAAGCAAAUUUCUUGAACUCACAUGGGCCGAACGCAGUCGUCUUGCCCAAGGCGCUCGACCCGAUGCCGAUGCUCCUGGCAACGUCAGAUGGGGCUUGUUUAGGCAAACCGAUGCCCCUCAGAGGGGAAUCAUGGAUCGCUACAUCAAUGUCAAACCGUGGAAUCACAACAGGGUCAAGCUCAACGUGUCCGAGGACGAGCUCGACUAUGUAAACGCGUCCACAGUGACACUGGAACCGUUGUCGGACAAGUCCUUGGCACCGCUGCGAUACAUUGCCAUGCAGGGCCCGACGAUGCCGUCGUUCAACUACGUUUGGCGGAUGGUUGCGGAACAAACAGCUUGCCCGGCCGUCAUUGUCCAGCUCACAAGCAUGACGGAAGGUGGCUCCGUCAAAUGCGACCAGUACUUUCCCGACGACGCCGAGGAAUCGGUCUGGAACCUGAACGAGGACGACGUCUGGAAUGACGGCUGGAAGGCUCGAGUCACGAACGACUCGCGGCAAGAGCUUGCUGAUGGCGCCAUCGAGAAGCGCAAGCUUGUCCUGCAUGUCGAGGGAGAGGCGGAACCGCGGAUAGUAUGGCAUUUCCUGUACACGCGGUGGCCCGACUUUGGCGUGCCGACGCUGGAAGACAUGGACAGCUUCCUUGCGCUCAUGGAGAUUUCCCGAGAGCACAACGAGCCUCGUCACCCACGAAUCAUCCACUGCAGCGCCGGCGUGGGUCGCACCGGCACUUUUAUCUGCCUGGAGCAUCUGAUGCGGGAACUGGACGCCGGCACUCUGGAAACAAACGAAACGGACGCCGGCAAGCUGCCGGACCUCAUCUACAGCACGGUGGACAAUCUCCGGCAGCAACGCCGGUACAUGGUCCAGUCCGAGACACAGUACCGGUUUCUCUACGACGUCAUGCGGAAGCUGUGGCUCGGCAGGUACGGCGCUGCCUUAUCUCAGGGCCGCGAUGCCGACGGCACGGGAACCGGCGAGCCCGCGGCCAAGAGGCUGGAAGUGGCCGAGGGGGCCCUUUCCGACGAAAGGGACGGCAGCCCCGUCUCCAAAAAUCUAGCCUCGAGCAAAGGCAGCAGCCGAGACGAUGCCGCGAGUUGA